AUGGAAAAUAAACUGUGUUCUCAAUUAGCGGGCCGGGAAUCUCCAGCUCCUGAAAGCCAGACCGCUGAACAGCAAAUCCCUUUUUGCUGGGGUAGAAUACCUCGCAGCUCGCAACAACAAACCGAGAUUCAGGUCCAGCAAGCAUCCGGCAAUAUCAAGCCGUUCCAGUUGGAAAGUAACCCUAUUCAUCCUCUUGAGGGCCCUGAGAUGGCGAAAUAUGCAGGUGACAAAAUUAGGCGUUUGUCUUAUUGA